AUGCUUCAGUGCUCCAGCUGUGAAAAGCCUAUUCUUGAUAGGUUCUUGCUUAAAGUUUUGGACAGACCAUGGCACAUCAAAUGUGUCCAGUGCUGCGAAUGCAAAUGCACUUUGUCAGAGAAGUGUUUUUCACGAGAAGGGAGGCUGUAUUGUAAGAAUGACUUCUUCAGGACGUUUGGGACCAAGUGUGACGGUUGCGCACAAGGGAUUUUACCCAGUGAUCUUGUCCGCAGGGCCAAGAGCAAAGUGUUUCACCUGAACUGUUUCACCUGUGUGAUGUGUAACAAACAGCUGUCCACCGGAGAGGAACUGUACAUCCUGGACGAGUUCAAGUUUGUUUGUAAGGAGGACUACCAGAAUAACAAUGGAAAAGACACCAUCCUCCUUUCAGUCACGACGUGCAGCGACCCGAGCCUCUCUCCGGACUCCCAGGACCCGCAGGACGACGGGAAGGACUCCGAAACGGGACAUAUAUCAGACAAAGACACCAACAACGAGAAUGACGAGACGAGCGCCGUCGGGAAGCGACGCGGGCCUCGGACCACCAUCAAAGCCAAGCAGCUCGAGGUCCUGAAAGCGGCUUUCGCGGCCACGCCGAAACCCACGAGACACAUCAGGGAACAGCUGUCACGGGAGACCGGCCUCACCAUGAGAGUCAUCCAGGUUUGGUUCCAAAAUCGGAGGUCCAAAGAGAGACGCAUGAAGCAGCUCAGCUCUCUGGGUGGCCGCAGACACGUGUUCUUCCGCGGCCAGAGGAGGAUGAGGGCGCUGGGAGAGAGACUGGAGGCGGAAGAGCUUGGACACUUCUCCUAUUAUGGAGAAUAUCCUGCUGAAUACUAUGGCUCAGGAGGGAAUUAUGAGUACUACCAAGGCCCACCAUCGUCCCAUGCCCAGACUCCUGCAGACUUGGGCUUUGUGCCCUCCUCUGUCCCUGCUGGCACCCCAUUAGGAGCAAUGGACCACCACCAUCCUGGGCACCACUGUCCCGGAGAGGUGCACUGUUUCUCUGAUACGGUCUCUCACCAUCCCGCGGACUCACCCAGUCCAGAGCCCAACAUGCCGGGCUCAAUGCACAGCAUCUCCAGUGAGAUGUGUGGCCCCAGCACACCCUACACGACUGUGUCCCUCAGUGACAACGGAUACACCAACCAGCUGUCACAACCCUCCUCAGAAAUGAGCGAAGGCACUGUCUGGUAA